AUGUCGCGCAGUUCCUCCGAUAGUACCGCCACCGAGGCCUUCCCUGAUGUGCCCGACAUCCAGAUCGCUUCGCCAUCGCCGUCACCGUCACCGCAACCUCCAUUUGGGCUCACUUCAAUCACUGCGACCGCGAGCGCCCCGACCGUUGUCCCUCCACCGAACCCCAACCGAGCACGAGUACACUAUGCGAUGAACGUCGACACCGCCGCUAUACCGCAGUCAGCUCCCCACCUGCCGUCAUUGUCCCCAAGCCCAGGCAUACGGCGGCGCAACACUCGGUCCAAUACCUUCGUGACUAUCGAUGAUUACGAGGACUAUGAAAGGCGUCCGGGAUGGCAGCCAGGCGCAGAGCCCGGUCUUGAUCCUUCGAAACCUGAUGGCGGACAGGACUCCAUGCCCAAGCUCCAUGCCGAAUGUCAGAUCACCGUCGUAGACUUCUCGCAGAAUGAUUUGAAGGUGCAAGAGCUGGACAAUGCCGGACUCAUCGACUUCGUCAAGGCGCCCCAGCCCUCGUGGGUCAAAUGUAGAUGGAUCAACGUCAACGGCCUCUCUUGGGAUGUCAUCCAAGCCUUGGGCAAUUACAAAAACCUGCAUAGGCUCGCUAUCGAAGAUAUCAUGAAUACGAGGAAUCGCACAAAGGCCGACUGGUAUGCGAACCACGCUUUCCUCAUUCUCACUUGCCAAAAGCUGGUGCGUAUGAUGGACGACAACGACAGCAGUAGUGAUAGCGACGACGAAGACGACGGCUUCAGUGUUAAGAGUCACCGAUCCGUGCAGAGCGCAGUGAAGAAGGUCAAUCGAUGGAUUACAGGCAAGAAGAGGCAGCAUCCAACAGCCGCCGGCGUACUGGAGAGCGGGAGGAGGAGGAAGAAUCCGCCCUCGACCUCUAGCACCAGCUUCACGCAUCAGCCUACCGGCUUUUCCGACGUGUUCAAUCCCAACACUAUUUGCACCCUGCAGAGAUAUCACGCGGCACCGAAUACUGCAAGGACAGAGUACAUGGAGAAGCACUCGGCGUUGGCUUCUAGGGGCUUGGCUGUCAUGGCCGAACAGGUGGCGAUGUUCAUCACCUCGGACAACACCGUGAUCGCUUUCUUUGAGCAGUCGGCUGACGACGUCGAGAGACCCAUCCUCGCGCGUCUGCAAAGUCCCACCACGAUCCUGCGCCAGUCUUGCGAUGCCUCCAUGGUAGCUCAGGCUAUCAUUGAUGCCAUCAUCGACAUGGCCAUUCCCGUGACUGCGUGCUAUGCUGACGUUGUCGGUGAUUUGGAAAUCGACGUUCUUACCCAUCCGAACAUUAGUCAUACCAAAAACCUAUACAUCAUCAUUUCAGAGAUCAACAAGCUGUUCAGCUUUGUGAACCCUAUUCAGACCCUCAUCAGCGCCUUGCGUGAUCACAAGACGAAGCUGUCGACACACGAGGAGGUAACGCGAGAGCUGCAAAAUCCGCUGAUGGGCGUCAUCAUAACGCCAAUGGCAUAUACCUACCUCGGCGAUGUGUACGAUCACUGCGUCCUUAUCACCGAGAAUCUGAACCAAAUCAAGGAAUCGGCGAACCAUAUGAUAGACCUGAUUUUCAACACUAUUGCGACGUACCAGAACGAAAGCAUGAAGCAACUGACAAUUGCCACCAUAAUCUUCUUGCCCCUGACUUUUCUGACGGGUUACUUUGGCCAAAACUUCACAGGUUUCGGGGCUAUAGACGGCUCCGUCAUAUACUUCUGGAAAAUUGCGAUCCCACUUGCAGUAUUUACCAUCGCUGUACUAAUGCGCGAGGUCAUGUACGACUCGUUUGUGCGGUUCUUCCAACGGCGGCACAUCGUCGGUGUCAGGAAAAAGCGAAACAAGAGAAUGAAGAGGUCACAGAGAGAUAGAAGACCACGGUCGUCGUGA